UGGGCGGAGUCUUCCUUCCUGCGUGUUGUCAUCACGGAGAUAGGUGCUGGAUGAAUAUUGCUAUGGUCUGUACCACUUCAGUCUGCAGGCUGAUAGAGAGAGAUGUGAGACCGACUACCGCGGCUUCAGCUGGUUUUACCCCUUACGGAUAACUGACAACGCUAACAGUCUCGCAACGGACGGGGCACCGCUCACAUUUAAAGGAGGAACAGGCCAUUUCCCCAAACAGCUCCACUCCCACUCUGCAUAACUAAGGAGAAACUCUUACCACAGCAUGCAGUUAUCAGCGGGACUAAAAAUACUGGACAGCAAAUGUAUCACAUGCCUGGCUAUCGUCACACUCAUGAAAGAGAGCUCAAUCUAAGCGGAUACAGACUAGUUAUUGGAGCAGAAGGAAGCGUUGCUAUUGUUUAUUUUAGAGGCUUUCUGCUGUGAAGUGUGGCGGCUUUCUCUCAACAAGUGGCUGAUGGAUUUAAUGCACUUGGAUAUCAUUUCCACAGUGAGCUCAUUACCACAGUGGCUCACAGGGCUUUGUGUCCACUGCUCUUAGGAUUUAUGGCUCUGAUGAAAAAGGACUCACUUAAUCAGAUCCAACUCUUCCAGCUGUCGCUCUGCAUUGGCGGCACGCUGUGAGAAAAGACUCCACUCCGCUGUGCCUCAGCGCUCCUCAGACACUUGUCCUUGACAUCCAAAUGCUGCAUGUCGAUUGUCGUGCCAGCCGCCUUCUGUGAGUUAUGACGACGGCUGCUUCAUUGACUCAGGAAAGAGGCUCCACCUCCGCUCAACAGUGAGCAGAUCACAUGAUGUAAUGAAGAAGGGUCCUGAAAGUCUGCUCUUCAAGGAGUCUGCCAACAGGAUAUGAGUAUUUUGAGCCCUGGGACGGAUAACAAAUCGAACCUUGUGGGAAUUGUGGGAGGCCCAGAAGAAUACUCCAGAGCCAUGCAGUCAGAAGAUCUAUUUGGCAGGAAACUCAAAGCCCUAAAUGGUAGCAUGGGACCACCAGCCUCCAACAUGCAGGGCAAACCUGAAUGCGCAGGCAAAACAAAUGGUACUCCAGCCAUGCCUAAAAUGGGCGUCAGGGCAAGGGUGACAGAAUGGCCACCAAGGAAAGAUGGAUGGGACGGGCGGCCUUCACCGAACUAUCAGAGUGUGAUACCAGUAUUUCAGAAUGGUCAGCAGGAACAUACUGUGGAAAUAUUGGAACAAGGCGAAUCAGUUUGUCUGGAGGUAGACUACUCUGACAAAUACACACUGAGUGACCUCCUCAGUCACUCCCCGCUGAAGGGUCUCCAUCCUAUCCGUCAACGAAGUAACAGUGAUGUUACCAUUAGUGACAUUGACUCUGAGGACAUAAUGGACCAGAACGCUGUUAAUCCCAACACUGGGGCAUCGCUGCAUCGUGAAUACGGCAGCACAUCCUCCAUUGACCGUCAGGGCCUGGGUGGAGAUGGCUUCUUUACCAUGCUUAGGGGUUACCGAGUGGACACCCUGGACCACCGUAGCAUACCACCUCUGGGUUUCCCUGAGUUGUUGCGCUGUGAUGCCUCCCUCUCCCCCAGCCUGCAGACAGCAGCUCAGAUCGCCAGGGGUGAGAUAGUCCACAUUCCAGGCUACGACUACAUAGACAGCUCUCUCCUCUAUAGCCGGGAACGAGAGAAGUCCUUCAUGAGGCGGCUUAAAUCGGAAUCAUCUGAACCUUCUCUGUUCAGGAAACUGCGGACCAUAAAGAGUGAGAGUGAUGCCUUGCGUCUCUCAAUAGAGGAUGACCGGCGACCACUCAGCUUCCAAAAAUGCUUUGCGCACUAUGACGUCCAGAGUGUUCUUUUCAACAUCAGCGAGGCGGUGGCAAGCAGAGCUAACCUGAGCCAGAGGAAGAACACCACUACUGGGGCUUCAGCUGCCUCAGCUGGAGUAGGGCCUGGAGUUGGUGGAGUGUCCGGAGGUGGAGUUGUGGCUGGACCCGGAGCAGGGACAGAUGGCGGUGCAGCAGGGUGCAGCAGUGGAAAUGCCCCCAUGUUUGAGUCUCCACUAGGCAGCAGGGAGGAUUUGAACCCCAAGGAGAACUUGGAUGCUGAUGAGGGGGACGGGAAGAGCAACAGUUUAGUGCUGAGCUGUCCACACUUUCGCAACGAGAUUGGUGGUGAGGGCGAGAGGAGGAUCUCCCUCUCCAGAGCCAACAGUGCUAGCUACAGUGGUGUGUCAGAAAGCUGCUCUUUUGAAUCAUCUUUAAGUUCCCACUGCACCAAUGCAGGAGUCUCUGUACUGGAGGUGCCCCGAGAAAACCAGCCUAUCCACAGGGAGAAGGUCAAACGCUACAUCAUUGAGCACAUUGACCUUGGCGCAUACUACUACCACAAGUUCUUCUAUGGGAAAGAACAUCAAAACUAUUUUGGCGUAGAUGACAAUCUGGGCCCUGUGGCAGUCAGUGUCCGCAGGGAGCGACUGGACGAUGGGAAGGAGAAAGAUGGAAUGCAGUACAAUUAUCGAGUCACCUUCAGAACCAGUCAGCUGACCACACUACGUGGAGCAAUCCUAGAGGACGCCAUUCCAUCUACUGCAAGACAUGGGACGGCCCGCGGCCUGCCGCUGAAAGAGGUGCUCGAAUAUGUCAUCCCUGAGCUUAAUAUCCAGUGUCUGAGGCUGGCCCUCAACUCCCCCAAGGUCCCGGAGCAGCUACUCAAGUUGGACGAGCAGGGGAAAGCACGCCUGGGGGACUGGGAGUAUCCUGGAGCAAGACAGCCUUCAGAAUAUCCUCAUGAUCAGUUCUGCAGAAAGAAUAUCCAUGAAAGCAGUGUUGUAGACUGUGCUGUAAUCGUCCUGGAUCUAAGCUUCCAGCACAAGGUGGGAGUGCUUUACUGCAAGGCGGGCCAGAGCACAGAAGAGGAGAUGUACAACAACGAGAGUGCUGGACCAGCACUGGAGGAGUUCCUGGAUCUGCUCGGCCAGAGGGUGCGCCUCAAAGGCUUCACCAAGUACAGAGCUCAGCUGGAUAACAAGACGGACUCCACAGGGACGCAUUCUCUCUACACCACAUAUAAGGACUAUGAGCUGAUGUUUCACGUCUCCACCAUGCUCCCCUACACACCCAACAACAGACAGCAGUUAUUAAGGAAGAGGCACAUUGGCAAUGACAUCGUCACCAUAGUAUUCCAGGAGCCCGGAGCCCUUCCUUUCACUCCAAAACACAUCCGCUCUCAUUUCCAACAUGUGUUUGUUAUCGUCAAAGUCCACAACCCCUGCACUGAUAACGUCUGCUACAGCGUGGCCGUGUCCAGAUCUAAAGAUGUGCCUCCUUUUGGCCCUCCUAUUCCCAAGUCUGUAACUUUCCCAAAGUCAGCAGUUUUCAGGGACUUUCUGCUUGCCAAGGUCAUCAAUGGAGAAAAUGCAGCACACAAGUCAGAGAAGUUCCGAGCCAUGGCAACUCGUACGCGGCAGGAGUACCUGAAGGACCUGGCUGAGAACUUUGUUAGUACAGCUACUAUUGACAAUGCUGUCAAAUUCAGCUUCAUCACCCUCGGAGCCAAAAAGAAGGAGAAGGUGAAACCCAGGAAGGAUGCACAUCUGUUCAGUGUGGGAGCCAUCACCUGGAGCGUCCGUGCCCGGGACUUUGGCCAGUCAAUGGACGUGGACUGCUUGCUCGGCAUAUCCAAUGAGUUUAUUGUGCUCAUCGAGGAAGAAUCAAAAAAUGUGGUCUUCAACUGCUCUUGUCGUGACGUCAUUGGAUGGACCUCAGGGAUUAUGAGCAUUAAGAUCUUCUAUGAGCGCGGGGAGUGUAUUAUGCUGUCAGCCCACGACAACUGCGGAGAAGACAUCAGGGAGAUGGUGCAAAGACUAGAGAUCACCACCAGAGGUUGCGAGACGUCAGAGAUGACUCUGCGUCGGAACAGCCUCGGACAGCUCGGUUUCCAUGUCAACUUUGAGGGCAUCGUGGCAGAUGUGGAGCCUUUUGGCUUCGCGUGGAAGGCAGGGCUGAGGCAGGGCAGCCGAUUGGUGGAGAUCUGCAAGGUGGCUGUCGCAACUCUCACCCAUGAGCAAAUGAUUGACCUUCUGCGCACAUCAGUCAGCGUCAAAGUGGUUAUAAUCCAGCCUCAUGAAGACGGCGCCCCCCGAAGGGGCUGCUCCGAGCUCUACCGCAUACCAAUGGUGGAAUACAAGGUCGACAGCGAAGGUACACCCUGCGAAUACAAGACACCCUUCAGGAGAAACACCACCUGGCAUCGGGUGCCCACAGCUGGUGGAGCACCUCUAUCCCGAGGCUCGCCCACACAGGGCCCUGAUCGCCUCCAGUGCCAGCAGAUCCUCCAGCAGCACCAGGCAGCUAUCCCACGAAGCACCUCCUUCGACAGGAAGUUGCCAGAUGGGUCCAGGACAAUGCAGGAUAUGGAGAACCCCCAGGUCACCUCAUGUAACAAGGGAGACCAGCAUUACCGCAGCUCCCCUAGUAACCAGUCCUCCUCCAGUGAUCCAGGACCCUGCGGUAACAGCACCUGGUCCCAGCAGCCUGGAUAUGAUGGUUGUCCUUCCCCUAUUCUCCACGAGCGGGCAGGGGACAUGCAGGGGGGCGAUGGAGAAAUCCACAGGGAGAGGGAGCCCACCCUGGAGAGGACCAGGUCUGCAGAGGCCAAAUGGCACAUCCCCUCCACCAAGAUCCUGAACCCUCUGAAGCAAAGAGAAGGUGGAAAAGACUCUCCCAACAAGCUGUCCAGGAUGGGCGAUAAAAACUCAAGCCACUCAAGUAGCAACACUCUCUCAAGCAAUGCCUCCAGCAACAGCGACGAUAAGCACUUUGGCUCUGGAGACUUGAUGGACCCAGAGAUGCUGGGCCUCACUUACAUCAAAGGGGCUUCCACAGACAGCGGCAUUGACACUAAUCCCUGCGUGGCCCCUGGGGCCCGGGUGUUGCUGCAGGGCAGGGUGGGAGAGCAGGGACACCCCUGGGUAUCAGAGCACCAUGAGGACGGGGCGUCAGAAGAGGAUCAUGGGAAACUGUACCUGCCACAGGGCUACGCCUCUGCCAUUAUGUCUAGUCAUGUGACGGAAGGAAGCAUCGGCGACCUAAGCGAGAUCUCAUCCCAUUCAAGUGGCUCACACCACUCUGGCAGUCCCCUGGCCCGUGGUGCCAGAUACUGUAUGUCCGCAGACUCCUCCAAGGUGUACACCAUCCCCCAGACCAGCAGCUCAGGGCCAGGGCCAGAACCGGGGCCAGGGCCCAGCUCAGAGGCCUGUGGACAGACACGACCACAGUCUGGUUGCAAACUCCUUGUGGGAAUGAAGACGACUGAUGAUGAUGAUGAUGAGGAUGCCCGCAGCACUGAGGGACCUCCCAGCAUUUCAGAGUGUGGGCAGCUGUAUGCACAGGAGGCUGCCUGCCGGCUCCAGGCUGCUGAGAGGGAUGGAAAAUCACUGCAGAGGCUUUCGAAAGAAGAGUAUCUUAAAAUGAUGCUGCCCGACAGCCCUCCUGGAGAGGACAGGAGUCGGAAGGUGUCAGCAGUGGGCAGUCUGUCACCGAGACGCUCCCUAUACCGGACUCUAUCGGAUGAGAGUGUGUGUAGUAACCGCAAGGGUUCGUCCUACGCCAGCUCGCAUAGCUCCAUGCUGGACCAAGCCAUGCCUAACGACAUACUCUUCAGCACCACACCACCUUACCACAGCACGCUGCCUCCUCGCAUGGUCCACAACCAGGGAGCAUCCAACCUAAAGAAUGAGUUUUGGUUCUCUGACGGCUCCUUGGCGGACAGGUCCAAGUUCAGCGACCCGGGUCUCAUGCCCCUCCCAGAUACUGCCUCAGGCCUGGACUGGUCUCACCUGGUUGACGCAGCACGAGCCUUUGAAGACCAGCGCGUGGCAUCUUUCUGCACCAUGACGGACAUGCAGCGGGCAGAGGCUCUGCAGAUCUCAAGAGAGCUGACCAGACGGGUGGUGGAGGCGGAGGGAGCAGCGCUGGAAGCAGACGGCUCCCCCUCCACACUGACGGGCAAAGUCAACCAGUUGGAGGUGAUCCUCAGGCAGCUGCAGCAUGACCUCAGAAAGGAGAAAGAGGAUAAGGCGAUGUUGCAGGAGGAGGUUCAACACCUGAGACAGGACAACAUGCGACUGCAGGAGGAGAGUCAGACAGCGGCGGCUCAGCUAAGGAAGUUCACAGAGUGGUUCUUUCACACCAUCGACAAGAAACCCUGAGAUAGAGAGAGAGAGACCCGCGGAAAAAGAGAGGGAGCGAGUGCAAGAUGGCCUUCACUCCUCCUGAGCACCCACUAAACUUCUACUUAAGACUCCCAGAUGAUCCACAGGCAAACAAACUUUCAAACAAACCAUUACCGGCCACCAGAGUAAUCAAGACUGUAGUGCAGUCCCUGAAACCCUGACCUGGACCUUAGCUUUGGGAUCCUCUUCUGUCUGAAGCGCAGGGCUGUUUCUGACAUUUUUCCAUCCUGGCAAACGAGACUCUUGGGAAACCUCCUCAUCUCCAGCGCUGGGGAGGAAUUAAGGAAGGCGACCCCUGGGGGCCCCUCGCCGGUGUCCCUGGGAUCUUCUUACAGUAGUGGAAUGUAAAGCUCAUUUACUGUAGUCAACAUAUAAUCUACCUACGUAUGUCCCGUCAGUCUACUGUACUGUAUACUCAGCUGUACUGUAUCAUACUGCACACACUGUCACACAGCUGUUUCUGUGCCGCCCUUCACGGACACAGGAAAGUAGAGAGGGUGAGGCGAGGAGGGGAGGAAUGUACUGGACAUAAUGAAGUGGUACUUUCUGUCUGCUUGCACCAAGAGGAAUUCACAUGUGGCGGUCUUGAAAAGUACAGUGUGUGG